GUCUCUCUUCUCGAUAUCCAUGUCGACACGCCCUCGAGUGCCUUGAACGACGAUCCACUGUUCGAGAUCCUCGAAGCCGGUACAGGUCAUGGAGCUUUGACCUUGCAUCUCGCCCGAGCCAUUCAUGCCGCGAACCCACCUCUGCCGAAGACUCCCGACUACACCGUCAAUGUAGAAGAACCAGAAGAUGCUGUGUACCUGGGUGAGUCUAUAUCAGAUCUCCAGGAAACAACUAUAGAGUCGUGGAAACCCUGUAGACGCGCCAUUGUGCACACGCUGGAUAUCUCAAGCAAGCACUCGAAGCAUGCAAAGAAGAUUGUUCAGGGCUUUCGACAUGGGCUCUAUGCCGGCAACGUGGAAUUUCACGUAGGAGAUGCUUCUGCAUGGAUUGCUUCGCAGAGAGUGAUCAGGCAGACUGAUGAGCCUUUCUUGAAUCACGUAUUCCUGGAUUUGCCCAACGCCGAAGCACAUCUGGCAAACGUAGCACCAGCAUUGCGUGUGAACGGGCUACUUGCUGUAUUCAAUCCAAGCAUCACACAAAUUGCGCAAUGUGUGGAGAAAAUUCGUGAAGAGAAGCUGCCGUAUCUACUUGACCAAGUCGUUGAACUCGGUGCGGGUAUGAUCCGUGAGUGGGAUGUCAGGGCGGUCAGACCAAGAUCGACACUGAAGAAGCCUGACGCCAGGGAGUCGCCAGAGGCUUCAGAUGCAGAGUCCAUUGAUCCGGUCAAGGGCCAAGAGGCAAGAGACGGUGAGUUGGCAGAGAAUCUGGCCAAAGAGGAAGAGAAAUGGGCCAUGGUUUGCCGCCCAAAGGCAGGCCAGAUGGUGGUGGGCGGUGGAUUCCUGGCUUUGUGGAGACGCAUGGAACGCAUAGAACGCCCAAAGAGCAAGGAGCAGAGUGAAGAUGAGUCGAGUUAG